GCGGAGAGCAGUGCGCGGAGGCACGUAGACGUCGCUCUAGCGAGAGAGAUCGCACCGCACCGGAUCGUCCCGUCGAACGGCGCAAUCAUGAAGAUGCAGGGGACGACCAUGACGACCUUGAAGAAGCACCCGGCCCUGUACCCGCUGUACUUCUGCAUAGUGCUGGGGGGCUGCGGCGCGUUCAUGUACACGUUACGGCUGGCGACGCGCAGCCCCGACGUCUCCUGGUUUAACAAGAGGGAGGCCGAGCCGUGGAACGACUACAAGGACAAGCAGUACAAGUUCUACGCGACGACGGAGGACUUGAAGAACGCCAAGAGCCAGGCGCCCGAGUAUUGAGCCGCGCCACACAAACCUAGUAUUUGUUAUAGGGAUAAAUUGUUACUCCAAAUCGCUACCUCUAAAAACCCACAGCCCUGAGCAGCGCUGCGUGUCUCGCAACGGGAGUGCAGCAGUCCUAAUUAACAGAAGGAGCAAUUUGUUUCGAUAUUGAAUAUACAUCAUGUAAUUUAAUUUUGAAGAGGAGGUUCAAUAUUUAAUAAAUCGUAUCGUGUAAGCGAUAUAUUCAUACAGGAA